ACUUGUUGCCUUACAGCAGUCCUCACCUACUGCCUUCUUGCAGGCCGACAUUUGCGUCCUUCAAACCCAAACAUGGAUUGCGCGUACUCGCAUCCACCAUCUUAUGACCCUCUAGGGAAUGGAAGCACUCCCGCUCCGUCCCUAGUACAAGAUGGGCCCCAGAUAUCCUUGCAGGUGGAUGAUACGCUCAACAACGAGGGGGCAAUUCGGAGCAGUGAAUUGGAUUCGAGCGCAAUUGAGGACGAUGACGACAGUGGGAAGAUGAUAAGAGCGGUCCAUCCGUCGAAAUGAAGUUCGAAAGGGCCAGCACAUGGCCAAAUUUCACACGCCCUUCUCUACUUACCAACCUAUUACACCACGAUAAUGCGCAAUCGAAUACUACUGAAACACCGAACGGCCUAUCUACUAGCAACUCCCCCCAAGAAGAUAGCGGCCUCGAAGAAGAUAGCGGCCUCGAGAUGCGGCUUGAGGGAUAUAAACCAAUGGAUAUACCUCCGCGAGCAUCGUCUCCGCGUACCGCCCGUGGCAUGUUGCAGACGGAGCUUACUAAGUCCCUGAGAAUGGGCCUGCUCGUCGAGCAGAAGGCGACGUGGUCCGUCCAAGCGCGGCUCCAGACUCCGGAAACAAAGCUUCAGGCUAUGACGGAGAAUGCAAUUAAAGGCGCGAACUUAUACAAUCUCCCGGGGUAUCAUCAAAAGGGAUGGUAGUGCUUGGGGACGCGAGAGUGGCAAGCUAUUACGGGAUUAAAGUAUGCAUAUAUGCUUUUUUAAAGAUAAAAGGAUG